CGGUGGGCCCAGGUAGUCUCACCCUCGUCCUGUCGCACUCCAACAUUCAAGAUCAUGGCAUGCAGCGUUGAUGCCCAGCUAGUCAAGAGUCGCUCGUCCCUGUAUGGACGUUUGGUGUGCCUUGUGAUGUGCACGACAGUCUCACACGGCCAUACUGGACGAGCGACGAUGCGGACCGUAACACAAGAUGAGACCGAUCUGAACCGGACCGAGUCGCCUCUCAGGCGGCUCACGAACUGGAACUCAUACGCUUCGGGCGAGGGUGAAGACCAUGAACAACCAUUGGAGACUAGAUGCAACACCGAGUCCAGAGUCACGAAUCAAGAAGGAGAGGCUUUCAAAAUGUAAGGUGUCAACGUGGGGGUACGUGAAGGCUGCAAUAGCACUCAAGCGAUGACAGGCAAAAUUUUUGGGUCUUCUGCUUCGAGCCUGCAUGAGGAGCAUGCGAGCUUCAAGACACAGCGCAGCGAUCGAGAGGACGUAUGAUUUCCCGGGACUUCAUUUCAUUUCGCUAGAAGACUUGGAAGCUGCGCAAACAUCGCAAGCGGAAGCGGUACGGCGGCUAUCGCAGGAUAGCAAUGAGAUGAUGAAUGGAGUGGGGCCGGGGCCGGGCCGGAUCAUCUCAGUGGACUGGACAAAGGUCCCCUCUCCAACUUGAGCUUCGUAGCCUCGGUCUGCUAGCCAGUAGCGGUAGUGACACUCAGCGAGGUUGACAGACCCUCGGCAUGGUGCGGAAUGCUGCCAGCAAAUCGACGUCCUGGACAUUGCCCCGCACCUCAGCUCCGAGGACAAGUUGCUCCGCUCAAUCAAUCAGAAUGUAGUGCAGCUCAAUCGGAACCCUGCCUGGCUGUCCCUCGAUUCUGCGCUGAUAGAAUCGAGGCAUGGCAAGGAUCGAAUCUCCGUCUGCAAACAAGCAUGCUGAAAAGCGAUCAAGGGGUCGAAUGAAGGAGUUUCCGUGCUUCUUCUGCCCCGCUUUCACCUUCAAGCUACGCUCGAACUCAACCACACUCGCUCCCAUCUACCCAUUUCAGGCUUCUCCCGCAUCUCGCAGCAGUACCGCGCCUCCCAAUAAGCUCUUCCAACGAGCAACUUGGCGCAAGCGUGAGGAACUUUGUGAGGCACGCAAACAGGACGAAAAAUAGGCGCAACGAUUCGUUGGAGCACCGCUGGUCUAGCAGCCGUUCCACAGACUUUCGACAUCGAGGGCCUCUCCACUUUGAGGUGGUCGUAGCCCAUCACUCAUCGCGCAAAGUACGACUCACCUUCGAGGAGGGAAUACACCCAAGUUGUCAUCUCUUGAUCUUGCAACGCAUCUGCGUGGUCUUGACGAUCGACCCGUCCUGACCAUCACGUCUCAAAGAAGGAUUGUGUAGCGCCUCGGUCACUAACUACGUCGGAGCAGCGCGCCCACAAAAGCCUCUUUUUGUAACCAACGAGAUGGCAUCUUCAGUCAUUGGCCUUCUUUCGGGUCUAAGGCAUGGCAUCCUGGGGUCCCCUUACAAGUGAGUGCACGUGCUGAGCACCAUUGCAGAUCUUUAUCCUUAGCUAUGCGCGUUGCUUCGCAUUUUGGGUUUGCGGCUCAAGUAAGGGUCGAUCGCCGAGGGCAUAACUCGAUAACGUUCGCAAGUCGAGCCUCC